AUGGCGGUGAGGGUCAAAAGGUCACCUAGUGAAUACGUAGCCUCUACCAUCCAGUCUCUAUUUGCCUACGUACAGCUUCGACGUAGAUGGGAGAGCCUUUGCUGUAAAGAGGUUAAUGACAUAGAACAUAAAGCUCUGAAGGAGAUGCAGCCAUACAUUUGUCAACAUUCCGGGUUCAGGGCAAAUUGUCUCAAUAGAGAUGUUCUAGAUGUACCGGUAUCGCUAAUGGAGUUUGUUGAAGUUGACGGACCCAUAGAUGACAAUGAGCCAAUUUCCGAAUGCGAUUUCAAAAUAAAAGAUGGAACUCCCAAUGAAAAUCGAGGUCCACAAACUAAUACAACGUUAGAAAACAAUUUCUUUCCAUCUUUAUUUACCAAGUUGGUUUUGGAAGCUGGUUCAAAUCCUAUAGAAACCAUUAAACACCCUGGGGAAUUUGAUACAAUGUUGAAAACAGUUUUAUAUCCUAAAGACUUCGAUUCAGUUUCAGGCUGGAUACCCGAUGUUGGUGAUGGAAGUGUUUUAAAAGAACCGGUAAGAAAUGAUGCAGAUGAAGCUGGAAUGAGAGUUAUUGCUCGAAACACAAUAGAAAGAGUAGGACAAGCAGCUAAUCAUGGAUUCGAAAAACGAGUACUUCAGUACAACAAUACCGUUGAUAAUGAUAGUUGGGAUAAUUACAUAAAUUGGAAGUUAUAUCCAUUAUUCGGUCUGUUGGAACACAGAAAGGUUUCCAUAGGAUUACCAUAUAUAAUUCAUCUACAAAGAGAAAUCAAUGAUGAUAAGAUAUUCUUUGGAGAGAAUGCUUCAAAUGCGAGUUUAGAAAUAACGAAUCUCCAACUUUAUAUACUAUUAAACCAGUAA